CUUCGCAUGUCGCUUUGAUUGUUGGUCGUGUUGUCUGGCGUCGGUGUCGUUCUCGUGCCCGUACCGUAGUAGACAUCCGUCGUCAUUGCUCUUUUUUUUUUAUUUCGAGACGCGCUGUUGGUUGUUCGGCUUUUAUGUAUUUGAACAUAUGUACAUAUACUGUUUUUGUUAUCUGGUCAGGCGGUUUUGUAUGAAUAGUACUUCAAAGAAUAAACGAAACCCCAAACAUCGCUACACACUACUUGAAAUAUUCGAGAAAUGUCUCACUGAAUAUUAAAUUUGUACAAAAUGAAAGCAAACGACAAAGUAAACGAAACGUAUAAAUAAAUACCAAGAAAGUAUCAAAUAAAACGAGUCUAAAAGGGAAUCUCUCAACUGGUAUAUACACGUAUGUAUGUAAAUACUUGGAAAACGACUAUGUUUAAUACUAUUUCGAAAACUAAAUUCGCAACUUGGUAGUUAUAUGGUAAGAAAUAGUGGACCAAUAACCAGAUACUGUGGUCACCCACGCCUUACCCUAACAAAGAAUGCGGCUCGUUUGUUACUGGAGGUCGCCGCGGUCGGCUGCUGUCUUCUUCUAUUAGUCGUCUACCAACGUUUUGUUGUUUUGAAAUCGCCGGAACUGCGAAGCGAAGUCACUCGUUCGCCGCAACUCAGCCGCACUGUUGAAUACAGUAUUCAAUUGUCAGCCAACAGCAAUUCAUAGUAGCAAAUCCACACACGGGGUACCUGUCUGUCUACAUUCAUACAUACUCAACAUACACAGUUGCGCACACAUACAGGCACGCAUACAGCGCGUAUAACGUACAAAAUAUGAGAAUCAAAGCGCAAAUGGCAAAUUCAUAAAAAUAAAAUAAUUAUUCAGCAGCACAUACAUACAUAUCUUUAGCGGCCUUGUCAUCGGGGAACAAAUCGAAUUCCGUGUUGCUGUUUUUGCAUUUUGCAAUUUCGUGAAUUUGUAUAGAGAGCUAGCAGCAAGCAAGCAAAGCGCACCAAAUUUAGCAAGCGCGACGUUGAAUUCGCAAUAUUGGCCAAUUGUGUACUUUGAAGCCGCCAUUAUCGGUUGAAUUGUGCAGGGUGGCAGCAGCAGCAGCAGCAGCAACAAAAAAAAUAAGAAAACGCAAGGCGCCAAUCGGUUUUUCGACGCUAAUCGGUUAAAGCGGCCGACUGGCUGAGUAGCCAUACCAAAUCACGCGUACCACCCCGCACUAAUGUGGCCGUUGCCUCCUUAGUUAACCAUCAUCUACUGCCUGUCGCGCUUAGAACUUGAAAGCGUCCGGCAUUAAACUGUGAUAUACUCUAAUACUUGUGUUAUCGUCGUUACAUCGUAUAUUAAUUCCGUUCAUUUUUCUUUUACAUUACAUUACUACAUAUUUGUGCGCGUGUUUGUGGGCUUGGUUUUCAUCCGUUUCGUCGGCGGCGCCGUUGUUGUAACUCGUUGUCUUCACAUUGUUGAGGGCGGAAAUAGCCGCCACGCCGCAAACGUUGUCGUGUGUAUACGUAAAAUAAAUAGCAAAUAUUUUACAUUGAUUUUAAGAAAAUGCGCCAACAAAUUGUCGAUGUGGCAACGCUCGUCGCGCUUUUGCACAUCUUCAGCUACGCGAAAGUAAAAUAAAGUGACUCAAUAUUUUUGGUGGCCGCGAAACGCGCAGUAGAAUUGCAAAAUUAGUGUACAAAAUCUUUAUAUUCUAUCUACUGCCAUUCUACUUUCUAUGCCGCCGUGGGGCUUACCAAAUAUAAUUUGUUUAUAAGUACAUACGUGCAUAUGUAUAUGUAUAAAAUCGUAUUUCCACCACGCUGGCAAAAAGUGAAAAAUGGGUGCCACCUUCCUCUACUAAUGAGCAACAGACGAGCAGACGGGCAAGAAUACUGUUAACUAUCUUACAACUCAGCAGUCUUAUGCGGAUAUUGCACACAAACACACACGCAUAAAUGCACACUCAUACACGCACAUAGUGUUGGAAACGUCAAAAACGCCAUCGCAGCAAAUAGUCAAGUGCUACAAGCGGCAACAGCAGCAGCGAAAAAUGCACACAGUGCCGUAGAACGUAAAAAGAUGAAAAUAAUCCUUAGGUGCUAAUUUAGUGAAUAAGAAAAUUUUAAGUACAAUAAAAAAGUUAUCAACCGCAACAACAACAACAACCACAAAACAACUAGUAUAACUCAAAGGAAUAAAGCAAGAAACCACGGAACCAGAAAGUACUAAAUCAAAAACAUAAAUAAAAAAAAAAAAACAAGAAAAAAGUUUUUAAUUAGAAAUCAAAUAAAUUCAAAGCUCUCUUCUUCGUUACGAGAAUCGGCGUAGUGAGAAAAGGUGAUUAAAGCAAGCGGAAAUAGUAAGACUAAGCAAAUAAGCUGCCAGAGAAAUGCGCAUUGAACAGCAACACAACUACAACUACAAAAACAAAAACAAAAACAAAAACAAAAAGAAUUGAGCACUAAACGAAAAAAGUAGAAAGCUAAACGUCGAUGAGUACGUACAAUAAGCCAACAAAGCCAAAAUUAGUGAAGAAGAAAAGAAACGAAAGCAAAACGCAGAGCACAUAACUUGGGAAAAGUGAAUAUCACGUUUAAAAAACCUAAAUAGUCUUACAGAUAUACUAUAUUUUUAUAAGUAAAGAGUUUCUAAAACUAAGCAGAGUAAAAAGCAACAAUUUUACAAGAAAAGAGCGAAGUAAAAUUUUAGUUUAAAGUUAAUGCACAGUUGCAGCCGUCAGUCCACAGCAGCAGCGCUGAGAAUCCGCAAGCAAGUUCAACAAUCAACACGUAAUCCAGUAAACGCGGUUUCGCGAGGGGAAGAAACACCGCAAACGGUUUCCACGCAACAACACAUACACACACACACCGGCGUUUCUGCUCAUUUAUUAGUCGCUGACAGACACAGAGAGGCCGGCACCUAGGACAGACAGACGCUCACAAACGAACCGCGCAAAGAUGCCCAAAUAUUUUAUAGCUACGGCGGCAACAACAGCGGCAGCAACAUCAGCAGCAAAUACGGCCUACAACAAUAAUAACGGCAGCAGUGGCAACAACAACAAUAAUGGUACAUCGCAAAUGGUUAUUAAAUCAGCGGUGCGGCAACUGUCCUACGACGUGGUCAGCACCAGUGGCAAGAACACAACGAAACGGAAUUCCAAUACGGCAUUUGUGACAUCGUCAUCGUCCGGGUCGUCAUCGCCCGUAUCGAUUAUGAUGCAAGGCGGUGAGCACCAUCAGCGGCAACUAAAGACACAAGUGAUUAGCAGUGCAGCGUCGGCGCCGACAGGCACGCAUCUGUUGGAUCACGGCUAUGGUGUGACGAUGAAGCUACAACCAUCGACAUCGGCGUCGACAUCAACAUCAACGGCAGCGGGCACGGCAGCGGCGGCGGCGGCGGCGACGACGACGACGGCAACGGCGUCAUCUCAUUUCACCGGAAAGUACACGUCGACGGUGGCGACCAGAAAUCCCUCUGAUUCCACACCACACAUAACGGAGUACUAUAAACAAGUGAAACGACGCAAUCCCACACCUGUGUCCGAACAAAGCAGCCACCCCAAGAAACAAGCCAAACAUCAAUAUGCGUCCGAUGAUUUUUCCAGCAAUGUGAUGGUGGUACAACAACAACCACCACGCUCACAACAAUACCAACAUAAAUCCACCAAACAACAAGUGUUGGUGCGCACCAACGCUCAAACGCAGCGCGUUGCAUUGUCAGCGCCUGGCUCAACGUUACAGUUCGCUGCGCCCUCACCGCAACCACAACGCCCGCCAUCGUCUGCCUCAUCGACAUCAUCGUCAAUUGCAUAUAAAUCGGGCACACCCUCAUCCGCCUCUUCAUUACCCGCCUCGAAGCGUACACCUGAAGGCAAUCGUGCCGACACCUCACUUGGUAUAUUAACGAAAAAAUUCGUCGAUUUACUGCAAGGCUCACCUGAUGGCGUUGUUGACCUCAAUGAUGCGUCAACCAAAUUGCUGGUACAAAAGCGACGCAUUUACGACAUAACGAACGUGCUAGAGGGUAUUGGCAUACUGGAAAAGAAAUCGAAAAACAACAUACAAUGGAAGUGUGGCAACUCACUGGUGAGUUCGGAUCGUACGCGCGAAAUGCAACUGGAGAAUGAAAGACUCGAACAAAAAGAGAAUCAGUUGAAUAUGCUGAUCGAUCAGAUACGUGAGGAAUUGAGUAGUGAGAUUUCGAAUAACAAUCAAUUGGCCUAUGUGACGCAUACCGAUUUGAAGAGUGUCGAUCUGUUUAAAGAUCAGAUAAUAAUUGUUAUUAAAGCGCCACCAGAAGCCAAACUUGUGUUACCUGACACACUUUGUCCACGUGAAAUCUACGUUAAGGCCGAGAAUAAUGGCGAGAUUAACGUAUUCCUGUGUCACGACAAUUCACCCGAAAAUUCGCCAACAUUCUCCUCGCCCGCCGCCCCGCCAUACCGCCAGCAACCGCAUCAAUUCAACGAUCCGCUUUUCAAUGAUAUCAGCCGAUUGACACCAAGUCUUGAUGACGACAAGCGCAUGCGACUAGGUCUACCCCCACUCUCAGCGUCAAACGCUACAACUACCACGUCCACGGGCAAUACAUAUCCCGACAGUGCCGCACCCAUCGUACGCUCAGCACAACGAAAUCUCAAUAAAUCGAUUGAGGAUGCCGCACGUCAAAUCGCUGCUGGUCCGGCCAAUGGUGCUGGUGUCGAUGGUGCAACCGAUUAUAAUUGUGAUAUCGUUGGCAAUUACCAUACACAGCAACAGUCCAGCAGCAGCCAUUCUGUUGCGCAUGAUGGCAACGACUACACUAUACAACCGACUCUGACGCGGCCGGUAUUGACGCAAGCCGAAGCUGAACGCAUUUACGAGCAAGAUUUCGAUUGUGAAAUGUUUGGCAAGCGUAAGGUGAGCGCGGCGUACGGUGUUGCCGGUAGUCAAAGACAACAACAGCAGCAACAGCAACAGAAUAGUGAUUCAUCAAACCACAAUACGCUUAAUAGUUGUAGUAACAAUAGGAAGGCAGGUCUUAAAAACGAUGUAUCCAUGGUGAAUAGUGCAAUUGAGGAGCAUAAAACCGCCGUUAAAGCGACGUCAGUUACAGCCGUAUCGGCGGCAAACACGACGGUUAUGGGCACUACAGAAACGGUGCCGCCAUCGGCAGUAAAUAAUAGUCGGGAAGCUGCCGACGACGAAGCUGCGGCAAUUACAACGUCAGUGGCGUCGUCAUCAUCAAUGGCUAUUACGCAUAAUACAACAACCUCAAUGUUUGGUGGUGCCGGUAGCGCAGUGAACGCCAGCCGGCAUUCCUCCAGCGAUAGUGGCGAUAUCAGCCGCUUGGACUCACAUUUGGCGCACAUGGUCGAUUCGAAUGGCGGUACAGGCGUCCGGAACGCACUUAUUUCGAAUUCAUUGAACCUGCUGAGUCCACCGCCAUUGUCGGGCGUGCAGAACUACUUUGAUGAUCUGCCACCGUUCCUACCCAUCGAACCACCGCUAGAUGUUGACUACAACUUCUCACUGGAUCAAACGGAGGGUCUUAUCGAGUUAUUUAAUGACUUUGCCUAAAAUUUUAAAAUAUAUUAAUUGAAGAAAUUUAAUAUAUAUAUAUAUAUAUAUAUAUAUAUAAAUAUAUAUAUAUUAAUACACAAAUAGUUAUGUAAGCAAGUAAAAACUAAAUCAAUGUAUGUAUAUGUGUAGUAAUAAUCACAACCACCAAUAAAAACUGCAAAAAAAACAUUUAAAAAAUAUAUUAACAACUUCUGUAUGCUAUUGAAUGGAAAUUGAAGUAAUAUUAACAUAUUAUUACUAUUAUUAUUAUUAAUUUAAUUUUAUAAAUAUAUUCUUUAUAUAAAUACAUAUAUACUUUAUAUAUACAUAUAUAGUUAAUAAGAAUUGUUAAUACAUACAUACAGAAAAUGCAGUAAAAAACAAAAACAAAAACAAAACCGAAUGCUCUCACACCUCAGAAUUUAAUAUGUGUAAAAAGUAAAUAAAAUUAGCAUUUGAAAUCAAAUAAAACAAAACGGGGUUUAAGCUUGCGUGAAAAUGCGGCGCGCACUCAAACACUUGUAUACAGUUCAUUGUUUAUUUUAAAGUAAUAAUUUUUUAUAUGCGAGUACAUACAUAUUUUCCAUAUACAUUGCAUAAAUAUAUUACAUACAAAUUGAAAUAGAUGUUAAUAUGUACGAUUAUUAAUGCAUAAUUAAUAAUGUAUGCAAUCAAAUACAAAAUUUGCGCACACACACACACAACACCAGCAUAUAAAACUAGAAAAAUACUUUUGUAGCCCUGAAAACCAAAAACAAAAAACAAAAUAAAAUAAUAAAAUAAA